AUGAUCUUCUCUCUUGCAAGCGUCUCUAUUUGGCUUAUAUGCCUGGCCCAAUGGUCGUCUGCGGCAACGGUUUUCUUCCCAAUUACCUUGACAUGGUCGAACAGAACGGUUGCCGGAGUCACCAGGCCAGUGAUUUCAAUGAAUGGCCAGUUUCCCGGGCCUCCGCUGUACCUCAACCAGGGCGAUAAUGUUCAGUUCCUGGUGGACAAUAGAUGCCCGUUCAAUGCUACUGUUCAUUUCCAUGGGAUUGAACAGCUAGGGACACCUUGGUCUGACGGUGUUCCCGGUGUCUCCCAGCGAUCGAUCGUGCCUAAUAGCUCCUUCCUCUAUCGGUGGAAAGCAACCGAAUACGGGGCCUAUUGGUAUCAUGCGCACCACCGUGGCUCUCUUGAGGACGGACUCUUUGGCCCAAUAUACAUCACUCCAGCUCCUACAGUGCAGAAGCCUUUCGGUCUUAUCGCAAACGGUUCAGCUCAAUUGAAUGCUAUGAUUAACGCUGAGAGUACGACCAGCCAGGUCAUACUUUCAGAUUGGCGUUCCCUCACAUCAGAGCAAAUCUGGGCUGCCGAGAUCGCAUCUGGCACCGACGCAUGGUGUGCCAACGCCUUGCUGAUCAACGGGAAAGGUUCCGUUACCUGUUUGCCCCAGGAUCAAAUUAAUGCCUUGACGACGCCUGCUCAGAGAUCAAUACUAGGGCCCAAUCGCAAUCUCACAGAUAUGGCGUGUUGGCCUCCAACGGUCGAAGAGAAUGUAUUCAAUUUCCCACAUAAUUAUAGUGCUGUCCUCCCGACCAUGUUCUCGGGCUGCGUACCAUCACAAGGUCCCCAAGAGCACUUUUUUGUCAAUGCGGCUCAGCAAUUCGUGAGCCUGGACUUGAUCAGCGCAGCUGGUCUUCUACAACUGACGUUUUCAAUCGACGAGCAUUACAUGUGGGUAUAUGCCAUUGACGGGCGGUACAUCCAACCCAUACGAGUCAACGCACUUACCAUCUCGAACGCAAAUCGAUACUCGGUACUUGUGCCACUCACUCAACCUAGAGGACUGUAUACAGUGCGUAUGGUCAGUGCAGGUAUACAGCAAAUCCUCAAUACCACCGCGACAUGGCAGUACACAGGCUCUCAACAACUCUUCCGACCCUCCAAUCCAUGGAUAAUGAUCAACAAUUUAAACGCAACGGCAAACACAGUAUUCCUUAACGAAUCCCUGGUCACCCCAUUCCCGGUGGUCGUACCAUCCAACAACGUCGCCCAAACUUUCUUCCUCAACGUCGACCAAGUGGGCUUCGCCUACCGCUGGAGACUCGGCAACACAAGCUUCGGUCUCGAACUCGAAGAGUCGCAACCGCUGCUGUUCAAUCAAACCGCCAUUCCCAGCGACUUGAUCAUCAGGACAAAUAAUAACACCUGGGUGGACCUGAUCAUUCAGGUGACUACCGUUCUACAGCCCCCACACCCGAUCCACAAGCAUUCAAAUAAGCAUUUCCUGAUCGGUCAAGGUAACGGGGUGUUCAAUUGGACUUCUGUUGCUCAGGCUGUACAGGAGUCUCCUGGUAGUUUCAAUUUGGCGACACCGCAGAUUCGAGAUACGUCUGUUACUCUGGCGCCAAUCACGGGGCCCACUUGGAUGGCUCUCCGGUAUCAAGUUGUCAAUCCAGGCGCUUUCUUGAUGCAUUGCCAUAUUCAGGUUCACCAGAGUGGUGGUAUGGUCUUGGCUAUAUUGGAUGGAGUUGAUGCUUGGCCGACCAUUCCACCGAGAUAUUUAAAUGAUUCUGGAUUCUAA